CCGCGAGGAGGCGAGAGAUCAGUCGCUUACACAAUGCUCCUCGGACCAUAAACACUGCGCUCACCUGCUGCUGCUCCUGCUGCUGCUUAUACUAAUACUGCUACUGCUGCUGCUACUGCUGCUGCCAAGGAGACCGGAGACACAACGGCACACUGAGUUUAUUUGUUAUAAACAACAACAACAACAACAAACUAUCCAUUAAAGUGGAAGCGAAGACAGAGAGAGAGAGAGAGAGAGAGAGAGAGAGAGUGACGGGAGGAGGCAAGCAGCGGACCCUGGAAUAGGACACCACCAUCACCACCACCACCAUCAUCAUCCUCAUCCUCCUCAGCUGAGAUUAAAGAGGAUCACUCUUGUCCUCUGUGUCUUUUUAGAAGACAAACAUGUCCUCGUCCGGGAAAGAAAACAGUGCCGCCCAGCAUGCCAAUUACGUGGGACCGUACCGCUUGGAAAAGACGCUGGGGAAAGGACAGACAGGCCUGGUGAAGCUGGGAAUACACUGUGUAACGUGUCAGAAAGUCGCCAUAAAGAUCGUCAACCGAGAGAAACUCAGUGAAUCUGUCUUAAUGAAGGUGGAACGAGAAAUCGCUAUUCUCAAGCUAAUAGAACACCCACACGUUUUAAAGUUGCACGACGUCUACGAAAACAAAAAAUAUUUGUAUUUGGUUCUAGAGCACGUGUCUGGAGGAGAACUGUUUGACUACCUGGUGAAGAAGGGGAGAUUAACACCCAAAGAGGCACGCAAGUUCUUCAGACAGAUCAUCUCUGCUCUGGAUUUCUGCCACAGUCACUCCAUAUGCCACCGGGACCUGAAGCCUGAGAACCUGCUGUUAGAUGAGAAGAACAACAUCAGGAUAGCAGACUUCGGCAUGGCCUCGUUGCAGGUGGGAGACAGCCUCCUGGAAACUAGCUGUGGGUCACCUCACUACGCCUGUCCUGAAGUCAUCCGGGGAGAGAAAUAUGAUGGAAGGAAAGCAGAUGUAUGGAGCUGUGGGGUCAUUCUGUUUGCUCUACUGGUGGGAGCUCUGCCGUUUGAUGACGAUAAUUUACGAAACUUGUUAGAAAAAGUGAAGCUGGGAGUGUUUCACAUGCCACACUUCAUUCCUCCAGACUGCCAGAACCUUCUACGAGGAAUGAUAGAAGUGGAUGCUAGCAAACGGCUUACGUUAGAACAGAUCCAGAAGCACACGUGGUACAUCGGGGGAAAGAAUGAGCCAGAGCCCGAGCAGCCUGUGCCGAGGAAGGUGGCAAUCCGCAGCCUGCCGUCGGCCGAUGACAUCGACCCGGACGUACUGGAGAGCAUGCACUCGCUUGGCUGCUUCAGAGACAAGAACAAGCUGAUGAAGGACCUGCUGUCAGAUGAUGACAACCAGGAGAAGAUGAUCUAUUUCCUGUUGCUAGACCGGAAGGAGAGGUACCCGAGCCAUGAAGACCAGAACCUCCCGCCACGCAAUGAUAUAGACCCCCCACGGAAGCGAGUGGACUCCCCCAUGUUGAACCGGCACGGGAAGAGGAGACCAGAGCGCAAGUCCAUGGAGGUGCUGAGUGUCACAGACGGAGGAUCACCAGUGCCAGCACGGAGAGCCAUCGACAUGACACAGCAUGGACAGAGGUCACGCUCUAUCAGCGGAGCAUCCUCGGGUCUCUCCACCAGUCCUCUCAGCAGUCCAAGGGUGACCCCUCACCCCUCCCCCAGGGGCAGCCCUCUGCCCACUCCCAAAGGAACGCCUGUCCACACGCCGAAGGAGAGCCCUGCAGGAACGCCGACCCCCACACCGCCUCCCAGCCCCUCCAUUGGGGGUAUGCCCUGGAGGACACGUCUCAACUCCAUCAAGAACAGCUUCCUGGGCUCUCCACGCUUCCAUCGCAGGAAACUACAAGUUCCUACCCAAGAUGAGAUGUCCACCCUCACACCAGAGUCUUCCCCGGAACUUGCCAAAAAGUCCUGGUUUGGUAACUUUAUCAACCUGGAGAAGGAGGAGCAGAUCUUCGUGGUGAUCAAGGACAAGCCUCUGAGCUCCAUUAAGGCAGACAUAGUGCAAGCGUUUCUGUCGAUCCCUAGUCUCAGUCACAGUGUGAUCUCCCAGACGAGUUUUCGGGCAGAGUACAAGUCUACAGCAGGUCCCACUGUCUUCCAGAAGCCUGUGAAGUUCCAGGUGGACAUCACUUACACAGAGAGCAGCACGGCCACGAAGGAGAACGGCAUCUACUCCGUCACUUUCACCCUGCUCUCAGGUCCGAGUCGGCGCUUUAAGCGGGUGGUGGAGACGAUCCAGACGCAGCUGUUAAGCACACACGACCAACCGGGAGUCCAGCAGCUGGCUGGCAGCCCAUUGAGUAACUUCUUUGACGUAAUUAAACAACUUUUUUCAGACGAGAAGAACAGCCAGGUGCUCCAUCCACCUGGCACGCCCAACAGACACCCGCGGCACGAUCCCGAGCCUAGUGACUCUAAAUGCCUGGCAGGCAAUGCCAGGGACAAUGCCAGGAUGGUGGCUUCUGUUGGGACGCAGGAGCAGCCCUAGAGACCUGUAGAAAUAAUACAAUCAUACUCACUGACUUACGUACUGUCAGCAGUGAUGCAAAUAAUCUUGUCCAAUAGAUUUUUGUAUGAUGGAAUGACUGUAUAAAGAUGAACAUGUAAAGAUGAGCACAUCUAGACACACUCUUCCCCCAUGCCAUUCCCCUCAUCAUUUGUGACAGGCUUUCAUUUUUUUUUUGUUUUUCAUGGCUUUUCUUUUGUGUCCACUUUCCUCACUUGUGUGAUGACUUGUUUUUACUACCAGGAAUUAUCCAGAAAAGCUAUUAACACCCCGCUCCCCUGCUCCACCCACGUUCUUUGACGGAGGGCGCUGUUCAUAACGACGAAAACCAGACGCCUCAUCCUUCAUCCUCACCUUCUUUUACCUCUCUCCAAUGACUUUGUGAUCCUUGAGGAAAACAUACACACCGACACCAACAUCCAGCCCAUGUUCUACCUUCUCUUCAUCUGACCUUACACAGUCUGACGUACAAGGAACUUUUUACGUCUUCAGCUUGCUGAACCACACACACACUACACAUUCAGAUACAGAUACAGACAUGCACAACUCUGGGAUGGACUCACAAAGGACAAAACAGUGUGAGAAAUGGGGAGAAAAAAAAUUUACGGAUUGUCCCAACGGGAUAAAACUCAUCACAGUUUGAUUUGUCAUUUUCAAUGUUGACUUUCUUUAGAAAUGAGUCGGGUUUGAUAUAAAAGCUCUGCUGCAAAAGGACUUAUAUGCUUAUAUUGCUAUGGUGGGAAUGGGGGGUGGGGGAUUGGGGGUCAUGUAGAGACGAAUGGGCUGCUGGUUCAUGAGCUUAUCCAAAUGAAUAAUUUCCAUUGUACAGACCAACAAACUUCUUAUGUAUAAAAAAAUGCCUAGAUGUGCUACUAAUGUUUAAUUAUGUUGUAGAUUCUGACUGAAAUCUUGUGCUGCCACACAAUAUAUAUAUAUACAUAUUUUUUCUGGUGUUUUAUUAUUGCUUAAUUUAUGAAACAUUAGUUUCGAGUAGCUGCUGCACUGAAUCUAGAGUUCUGUUAUCAUUCAAGCUAUUUUAUGAUUCACAUCUCAUGUCACAACUACCAGCAGUAGAAUUAAGGACAAAAGUGUUUAAUACAUUGUGAAUAUUUUUGUAUUUUUCUGUAUUUAUUUAUCUGAAUUAUUCAUUGCGUAUGUGUACCCUAAUUUAUUGUCAUCAUUAUGAAUACGAGGGGAGAAGUCAGAUUAAUUGAAUGUUAUUUAUUUACAUCCUUGAAUGUUUGUAUGUCAUGACACAAUGCAAGUUUGUUUGUUCGACAAAAAAAGAUUUUUCUCAUGUCUUGAUUUAAGAGAUUUACGUGGACAUUGACAAUAUUUCUUUUCUUUUUCUAGCUUUGAAUGAUGAAAAAUGUAGUAUAUGUUUAAAAAAAAGGAUAAUUUAACAGUUAAGAAUGUAGUCUAGCCUCUUUGGGGAGGGAAUGAGCAUCUUGAUAUUUGUCAGUUUCAUUGUGUGUGUACAAUGGAUUGAGACAAAAUGCUCCUCUUGAGUCAGUUCUCUUGUAAAUAGACUGAAGUCACCUUCUCAUAUGAAGGGGGUGCUUGGUACCUGCUCUUCUUGGCUUUUAACUUGUAUUGCUGUGUGCAUGUCAGACAUCGGCUUUCCUUUGCAUGGCGCUAGUGUAAUUGUUAAAACCCCUUUCUGACCCCUUACUGCUUUGCUCUGUGUUACUUGAGAUAAAAAGCAUUCCCGCCCUUCUUUUCGCUGUUAUCCUAGCCGCUGUUUUGUGUCCUUCUCUCUUUCAUGAACCUUUAGUGCACUGAGUUUUGAAACGCUUCCUCUGGUCUGUAUUAUUUACCUCUGAGGAAAGAAAUACCAUCAGUCUCAAAAUCCUAGUUUACAGACAUGGGAAGAGUUUUUUGACAAAACAAAAAUGAAGCAAUACCUGUUGUUAAUCAUCCUAUUUUAUACAGUAGACUACAACUGAUCAUGUGACUACAGACUAUAAACACACAGAGCAGGAAUGAACAUGAAGCUGUAACAUAACUGUGAGCAACUUUAGAACAAGGAAAAAAAAAACAAAUGAAACAAUAAACUCAUUCACUUAUUAGGAAUGUCUGUAGCCUUGUGUGUGUGUGUGUGUGUGUGUGUGUGUGUGUGUGUGAUUCUGUGUGAGCGUAUAUACAUGUGUGAUUGUGUGUUGAAGUGUGUGUGUGCGUGGGUGUUUGUGUGCAUGCAUACAUGCUUUCUCGGGACUGUUGUUGAUCUUUGCUAUGUCAAUAUUUAGUGUCCGUCGCAUCUCCGGCUCAUGAAGUGAGAUAAGGUAAGAUGCUGUUUUGUUUGUGAAUGUUUCUGCCUCUUACAAAAGCAGCUCGCUUUAUUACACUUUAUUAUCCUUUACUUUAUUAUAGAUUACUUUACUUCACUUUACUACACUUUAUUAUCAUUUACUUUAUUACAGAUUACUUUACUUCACUUUACUAUACUUUACUAUACU